GGCCUGCGGUAUUCGCGAUCAUACUGUAUAUGCUACUAAUUUAUUCUUUUGCUUACAACAGCUUUUACUUUUUGGUCAACAAGCAUGCCGUCGCACAAAUAGAGCCGGAUGUUCCCAGGCCUUGUCGGGACAAACACAUCAAAUCAUGUCCUGUUGCUUAUAAGAUAGAUGAGCUCCUAUGCGGAGCUGUACCAGCAGCAGGCGGGGCUGCCCGGAACAGAUGGACGACCUGGCUACACGGCAAUAUACCUCUCGCAGCAAGCGGAAUCUGCUGGACGGCGCCCAUCAUCAGUAGAACGGAUACGGAUUUUGCCAUCAGCAACAGAUGGGGCUACACGCCAGCAGCCUGCAGUGCCCUCACCUAGGCAUUACGACAGCCAUGCUGUCGUUACCGCCACCGCCACCACCUUGGCAGUGGAAGCGGAUGUGGGAAGACCGGUCAACGCUCGCUCACCGCAGCCUAUGAGGACUGGAGCGCCAGGCAACCGGUCUCCGUCUUUGUCACCUCCCCGACCGCGAAUGGACCCCAGCGUGUCAAGACCCGCCACCACCGUCCUGGCCCAGGCUACCGCCAUGCGCAUGGCCCGACUGCAACGCCUAGCGCAGCGGCAGCAGCAGGUACGGCAGCCACAGCCGGGACCCCCCUCCAUGCCAGCAGCAGCAGCCGGCGGCAGCAGCAGGCGGAGUGGCAGGCUGCUGUCUGCCGUACUGCAGCAGGCGCCACAUCUGUACGACAGACAACGGCUGUCGGCUGUGGAGCGGUUCAUUGAGAGGGUGGAUGCCCUACCCGCACGCUUUACGGAUGCACAGGUUGUCUACCUCAGCAAGAACUCGCUCACCAGCGUUGCGGGUCUGGCGCAGUUCCCUGGUCUGCGGGUGCUGGGGCUGGCGGACAACUUGCUGGCCGACCCAGACCAGCUGGAGGUGCUGGCGGGCGCGUGUCCGGGGCUGGAGGCGCUGUCGCUGGAGGGCAACCCGCUGGCGUACGUGCCGCACUACAGGUCCCGGGUGCUGCUGGCGCUGCCGGCCCUCAAGUCGCUGGACGGGCGGCCGGUGACUGAGGAGGAGCGCGCGGCGGCCCCCGGGGCGGUGGCGGCGGAGGAGGCGGUGAUGACGGUGCUGCUGCGCAACGCAUGUGAGGUGCACAAGAUGGCCAGUGUGGUCCAGCGCGCGCAGGUGCACCUGGAGCUGCUGCACGCCCUGCACAGCG